AUGGAUGACCGCCCUGACUGCGGUUACUGCAAGGUUUGCACCAAGCGGUGGGCCCCCGCUGGGCUUGGAUCCGUUCUCGACAUCAUCAGCGCCCUGAGGCGACUGACUGGGCGCCCAAAUGCCAGUGUCCCACCGGGCCCGGGAUACUGCGGCAGAUUCGCCUGCAUUGGUGCCGCCCAAGCCUGGUUUUGCAACGACAACGACGAGGAGAUUACUCUUGACUCUUGGGAAGUGUUCGCCAGGGCGGUGGAGGACAUCAUGCGGCAGUGUUGGUGGAGGGAAAAGGAGGGGCUUCACCUUACUGACUUGACAGGGGGCCAGAUCUUCAGGCCAGAUGGGUGGAACGUCAUCGUCCUGGGAGGUGACGAUGUUUGCAAAUCCUGA